AUGUCGUCCUCGGCUUCCAACGCCGCGGCCGCCGCCCCGUGGGCGGACCUCCUGCCGGAGCUCUGCGGCCUCGUCGUGGACCGCCUCGACCCCGUCAGCAUCCUCCGCUUCCCAGCCGCCUGCAGGGGCUGGGCGGCGGCCUGCGAGGAGAGCCCUCGCCUGCAGUCGGGCGCGCCGGCGCUGCUCACGUCCGGCCUGGACCCCGAGGGCAUUGAGGUCGAGCACGACGUGGACGCGGGCGCCUUCGGGCUCCACGACGUGUCCGCCGGCGGCAGGUCCUUCCUCGGCGAGGCCGCGGGGCUGAAGGGCCGGACCUGGAUAGGUGGCAAGGACGACUGGCUGGUGACCACGGACUAUGCGUGCAGCAUCGAGCUCCUGAACCUCGUCACCGGCGAUCGGGUUCCCCUGCCGCCCUUCGGCACCACCCAGGGAGCCAAACUCGAACUCCCGGGCUACCUCCAUGUCAGGACCGGGGAUCGCUGGCACAAAAUCCUCAAGGUCACACUGUGCCAGACGCCGGCGCACCCGAGCGGCGGCUACCUGGCCGUCGCUCUGUUCUCCGACGGCUUGCUGGCGUUCACGGCGGCCGGAGACAAGUGCUGGACAGCGUUGAAGAACCCCGCGGCCGCCUUGCGAUUGGAUCUCUCCUACAUGGACGCCAUUGUCCUCAAGGGGAAGCUUUUCGCUGUGAACGAACGUGGGCGCAUCUACUCCUGGGACAUGAGCAGUGGAAUUACCGAGCCGGCGGCGGUGGUGCAGGGACCGGACAUCGAGAUCGGUCGCCAUUGCAGGCGCGGGUUCUACCUGGCCACGUCGAGCCGUGGGCAGCUUCUACUCAUCUGCAUCUAUGGCGACACCGAGCUGCUGUUCAAGGACAGCCGCAUAUGCAGCAGGUUGGUGUUCAACGACAUGUGGAGCUUCUACGAGCUCGGCAUGUCGCUCCACGAGCUCGACGCCGGCAGCGGCUCGUGGCGGCGCGUCACGGACCUCGGGGGUGACCGCGCGCUCUUUCUGGGCGCGAACUACCCGUUCUACAUCACCGCGCCGCCUGGGUCUGAGGAUCUCAAGGCGAGUUGCGUCUACGUCGCGGACACGCCCUCCAGCUACGACGUGGGCAUCUUUGAUCUGAAGAAGAAGAAGAAGGGAGAAGACGGGUUCGUCGAGCGUCUCGCUUGCUCGCUCAUGGCCGACACGCUGCAGAUGCCGAUGUGGUUCCGACCAACUUCACACCCUAGGCUAGUGAAGGAUCAGGGCCGGUCCUGA